CAGCCGAUCUGUGUGGUCCGUUUGCCCUGCUUGCUUUUUCGGCCCUCUGCAGUCUGCAGUCUGCACGCGCCGUUGGCCGUCUUGGGCCCGGCGGCCUGCAGCACAUAUUUAGCGGAAGAAUUUCCCACUUGCGAGGUCCGAGUCUCGAUCACAGAACAAAAAAAAAAUUAUGACAACCGACUGACGCGAUGGAUCCGUUGAGCAUCGCGGCCAGCGUCGCCGGGCUGGGCACCCUCGCCUACCAGAUGAUCGGGUACCUCGCCCAGGUCAAGUCUGGAGGCAAAGAGCGGACGCAGCUCCGCGAAGAAGUCACGCACCUCUGGUUAACGCUCACAGCGCUGCAGGAGAUCCUCUCCCCCGAUGCGAUCAAAGAAGACCGAAUCCCCGACGCGAUCCGACCGCUCCUCGCGCCCGACGGCGUCAUCCAGCAGAUCAAGGCUCAGGUUGAGGAUCUCGACGACAAGAUCAAGACGCAGAGUUCCCAUUCGCGGAUCGCGCAGUCGCUCGCGUGGCCGUUUACGCAAAAGGAUGCGAUGCAGAUUAUCAAUCGUAUCUCGAGACUGCAGGCGACACUCCACAAUAGCCUCACGCAGGCGAAUUACCGGGUCGCACAGGACACAUACCGGGAUGGACAGGAGGUGAAAAAGGCGAUCAACGAGGCGAAACUGAAAGAGUUGAUCGAGUGGAUCUCGCCGCUGAACUUUGUCGCGAAGCAGAGCAUGAUCUGGAGCCAGCACCACAAGGGGACGUGCAGGUGGUUCCUCGACCGGGACGAUUUCCGCGAAUGGCGCGAGGGGGAAGGUACGAUCCUCUUCUGUCCAGGCAUCCCCGGUGCUGGCAAGACCUUCCUCUCGUCCAUCGUCUACAACGAGCUGGAGAGCCUGCGACUGCGCGAGGAAGGCGGCGUCAAGGGCGCGGCCGUCUUCAUGCUCUACUGCAAAUGGGACGACCCUUUAUCACAGCUGCUCGACAACCUGCUGCCCAGUCUGAUCAAGCAGUGCGUGCAGCGCUACGGGGCGGUCGGCGACCACCUCGUCGAGCUCUUCGAAAAGCACAGCAAGGAAGGAACGAGGCCCGCGCGCGAGCAGGUCCUGUCAACGCUGACUCUGCUCUUCCGCCGGUUCACCAAGGUGUUUGUUCUCCUCGACGGGCUGGACGAGCUCAAGGAAGAGAGCGAGCGACUCCAGCUCGUCCGCACCCUGGAAAGCAACUGGCGCGACACAGUACCGGUCAACCUGAUGGUCACCUCUCGGCCGUUGCCAAACAUCUCGCGGCAUUUUCGCGAUGUGCCCUACCGGAUCGACUGCGACGGGUGCAACAAGGAGGACCUGAAGGCGCAGUACCACUGCGCGGGGUGCGAGUCGCAGGACGACGUCAGCUACGACCUGUGUGAACCCUGCUUUAUGGACUACAAGCGCUGUGGCAACAAGGGUCACUCGCUUUUCUACCAGUACAAUGCCAGCAUCAUCCCCAUCGCCGCCGUGGAGGAGGAUCUGACCACCUAUGUCCAAUGGCGGACAAGCACCUCGGACUUUCUGCAACAGUGUGUCGACAUGAAGGACGGACUGAUGGAUAAAAUCCUGAAGACGGUCGUUCGGGACAACGGGGGCAUGUUCCUGUUGGCGAAAUUCAACAUGGACACCCUGGACUCGAAGCUCAACAUCAAGCAGGUCAUGCGCGCCCUGCAGAGCUUACCAAAAGAGCUCGAUGGGACGUAUACCGAUGCCAUGACCCGCAUUACGGAGCUGCCCGCAUCGACCAAAGAGAGCGUCUUGGAUUUCCUCCGCUGGGUCGUCUUCGCCGAGCAGCCUCUGCAUGAGCGCGCGAUCGAGCAUGCCCUCGCCGUCGAACAGGGCGACGACGACAUCGACGAGGACAGCAUCAUCCGCGCCAGGAUUCUCGCCAACAAGUGCGCUGGCCUCGUCCAGUUCGACGAGUCCGACUGCCUCCGGUUGGUUCACUACUCCGCAGAAAACUACUUCACCCAGCACCGCGAUCGCUGGUUUCCUGACGGAAGCCCCAAACUGACCUCGGCCUGUCUUUCGUACCUCCAGUUCGACGCUUUCAAGACUGGCGCCUGCUCGGGCCAGGACGAGGCCGUGGAGUUUGACGAGCGCCUGGAGAAAUACCCCUUUCUCCGCUAUGCGGCCAUGAGUUGGGGAAAGCACUUGCGCCUGGAGCCCACUGAUGACCUGGAGGCGCAAGCCAUCAGCUUCCUCACCCACCCUGGCUGUCUCGCCUCUGCGACGCAGGCCCUGUGGUACCUGGACAGCCAGGGGGGGAUCAGCUGGGACGCAAAGGACGGCUCGCCAAUCCACCUUGCCACGCACUUUGGCCUUCACCACCUGGUAGAGGAGUUGAUCAUGCGAGGGUACAAGGUCGAUCUCCGCGAUAUCAACGGCGCGACACCGCUCGCUCUCGCGGUGAUCCGAAACAACCGCGACAUUGCCAGGACGCUUCUCAGAGCCGGCGCCUCGGUCAAUUCGGUCGACAACAACGGACGCGCUCCGCUCCACCAGGCGAUACGGUAUGGAAGACCUGACAUGGCCAGGCUGUUGCUUGACCAGCCGGGCAUUGAUAUCAACCUCGGGCACCCAAAAUGGUCAUAUAUGACCCCACUGAUCACCGCCGCUGUAUGGGGGGCAGUCAACGUGAUCAACAUGCUGCUCGCCAGGCCGGAAAUCCAAGUGAACAAAACAUGCACCAGUCCUUCAGUGGGGACCACGGCGUUGAUCUACGCUGCACACCAAGGCCAGACCGAGGCCGUCAAAGCACUGCUGACCCACCCGGACAUCGACAUCGAUGCCAAGGACAAUAGCUGCUCAACGGCGCUGACCUACGCAUCUCAAGGAGGUUACUACGCGACGGCCGAAGCGCUGCUCGACAAAGGGGCAGAUACUGAAGUCCUCCAAGCAGGCUCAGAGGGCACGGCCAUCAUGCGCGCAAUCGACGGCAACCAAAUCUCCAACGUCAAGCUCCUUAUCAAGCGUGGAGCGAAUCUGCACCACAAGGACAUCUUUGGCCGCGGCGUCCUGCAUUCUGCAGCCGUCAAUAAACGGGCGGAGAUCCUCCGCAUCCUCCUCGCCAAAGACCCAACCUUGGACGUCAAUAUGCGGGACGCCCAUGGAAAGACUACUCUCCAUGAUAUAGCCCGAUGGGGACACACCGAGACAAUCGAGGUCCUCCUCGCGCACGGGGGCGACCCCACGAUCAAGGAUAAUCAUGGCCGGACUCCGAUGCGCGUUGCCCGCGAGAUGAAUCUUCCGCACGUGCUCGACAUGUUCCGCGCCGCGCGAGAGCGGCAAAAGGCAGAGAAACAAGCGACCGGCCGAACGAACUCGGGCCUCCAGCGCACAGACACCGGGUCCAUCGUACCAGGGACGAAGCGAACGGACACCAACGUCUCUCUCACCGGCGCCCUUCCCAUCUGGUCACUCGCCCGCUCAGACAAGCUCGAAGAGCUAAAAGAGAUCUUGCCAGAUGCAUCGGUCGACGAGAUCAACCUGACAGAGCCGGACAUGGGUCAGGCCGCGCUGCACUACGCCGUGGACGAAAGCAGCAUCGAAGUCGUGCAGCUUCUCAUCAAGCAUGGCGCCGACAUCAACAUGCCGAACCGAUACGGGCGAACACCACUGCACAUCGCAGCCAUGUACAACCGGUGGGAUUCGGCAGAAGCCCUCCUCGACGCGGGCGCCGACAUGACCCUGAGGGAUAUCUGGGGCCACCAGGCACUCCUGAUGGCGGAGCACAUCGACAGGAGCGUGGCUCUCCUCCUCAUUACGCGCGGGGCGCCUCUUGACGCUUCAUCGAUGAACCUCGACUCGUACCUGAAUCUGGCCGCGCGGGGUGGCUAUGUAGAGGCGGCCAAAAGACUAGUCGCCGCGGGCGCUGAUGUUUGGGGGAAAAACACUUACGGCAAAUCGAAAUAUGCGAUUGCCAAGGAGCAUGGCCAUGAAGAGCUGGCGAAGAUCAUUCUGCAGCUUGCGCCCCGGCCAUCGCUGUCGGAGCAGGAGGAGACGGGAUCGACUAUAGGAAGUGGAACGAGCGUUGGGACCGAUGCAACGGAUGUCACCGAGUCCACCAAUGUUACUUCCGAGAGUGUAUCUCAGGAGAAAGCGCCAGAGUCUCAGGAGAAGGAGAGCAAAGAGCAAGAGAGCCACGCUCCCGAGAAGGAGAAGAGCCCUGAGCGGACUGAGCCGGUAGCACCUGCCUCGACCGCCGUGCAGGCCGUACAGGUCACUGAGCUGAACAAGGCAAGCGCAUUGUUAUCACGUCAUUUAUAUACCCUCGUCUGGAUUCUUGUCGUCAUCACAGCGACUACGGUUGCCCGGAUCUAUUAGCGAUCCUUAUAUUUUACGCAUGCAUGAAUGAGCGACGUCUGUAUUUUAGAGCGAGGCUUUUAGAUAUCCAUCUGAAUUUAUGUUACAAUAACCUAUACACACCUCCCCGAGUUAAACAGCACUCGCCUAGUCACCCAGUGGGUGAGGUUGCAAGAUCUGCCCAU